GUUGGAAAUCGCUGUCAGUGUGGAUUGUGGAAGUUAUUGGACGAUAAUUUACGUCUAAGUUGUAUCAACAUUUCUUGUACUUUCUGAACUUGUAUUUUCUUUGAAACUUCUUAAGGAUAUGUGUUGUUGUGAUAUUACAACACGCCAAAAGCUAAAUUUUGUGGAAACCUAAGCUUAAUUAAGGGCAAUUGAUCUGAAGGAGUUACAGCUCAUUGCAUAUAUAUCUUCUGGAUUAUACUAAAAAUAUGAAUCCAACAGCUAGUGCUCUUCACAUUGGCGAUAUAGUAUCAUUGUACACUGAAGGUGUUGAUAGUGGAUUUCUCAGCACGCUUGGAUUGGUUGAUGAUCGCUGCGUUGUCCAACCGGCAGCUGGAGAUCUUAGCAAUCCGCCUAAAAAAUUUCGAGAUUGCAUCUUCAAAAUUUGUCCAAUGAAUCGUUAUUCUGCCCAAAAACAAUUCUGGAAAUCUGCUAAACCUAUACUUUCAACUGCCAGAGACACUGUACUUUUAACUAAACUUCAUCAUGCAGCCGAAGUGGAGAAAAAGCAAAAUGAAUCAGAGAAAAAGAAAUUAAUGGGUCAAGUUGUCAAGUAUGGAAAUGUUAUUCAGAUUCUACAUGUAAAGAGCAAUAAAUAUUUGACUGCAAAUAAAAGGUUACCUGCACAUCUUGAGAAAAAUGCAAUGAGAGUGACACUUGAUAUAAAUGGAAAUGAGGGAUCUUGGUUUUACAUUUUACCAUUUUAUAAGUUAAGAACUCAGGGUGAUGAUGUUGUUGUUAAUGAUAAGGUCAUUUUGAGUCCUGUGAAUGCUGGUCAACCUUUGCAUGCCAGUGGAAGUGAAUUAAUUGAUAAUCCUGGAUGUUACGAGGUGAACUGUGUAAGUUCUGACACAAACUGGAAGGUUUCAUUGUUUAUGUCAUUUGAGGAAAACAAUGAGGAAACAUUAAAAGGGGGAGAUGUGGUACGACUUUUUCAUGCUGAACAAGAGAAAUUUUUGACCAUGGAUGAAUACAAGACAAAAUCCUGUGUGUUCUUAAGAACAACAGGUAGAACAACAGCAACUUCAGCAACAAGCUCCAAAGCAUUAUGGGAAGUUGAGGUUGUUCAACACGAUCCCUGCGCCGGGGGAGCUGCACACUGGAACAGUUUGCUAAGAUUUAAACACCUGGCUACCGGAUUCUAUUUGGCUGCAGAGAUUGACGAUGAUGAUACAAGUGAUACUACAAGAAACAAACUACGAGAUGAUUCUCCGGUCUUUCAUUUAAUUCAAGUACCGCAAAGCAACGACAUAUCGUCGAUAUUUGAAUUAGAUCCAACUACAAUGGCUCGACCAGAUAACUAUGUACCAAGAUCAUCUUACGUUCGUCUUCGUCAUUUAUGCACAAAUACCUGGGUCCAUUCAACGACAAUACCGAUUGAUAAGGAAGAGGAUAAACCAGUCAUGCUUAAGAUCGGUACAGCUUCCAUCAGAGAGGAUAAAGAAGCGUUUGCUAUUGUACAUGUUUCUCCUUCAGAAGUUCGCGAUUUAGAUUUUGCAAAUGAUGCAAGCAAAGUUCUUGGUGAAUUUGCUCUUCGCGUCGAAAAUGGUACGGCUACCCAAAAUGACAGAAGGUCGGUGACAAAAUUACUAACGGAUCUUGCGCAUUUUGUAACUAAUACGGAGGAGUCAGAUGGGGAUCCUUUGUCAUUAUCUUGUUCGAAUCCCGACAGAGAUCGUCAAAAAUUGAUGAGGGAACAGAAUAUUUUACAAGAGAUUUUUCAGGUGUUAAGAACACCUUUCGAUAAAAAAGACGAGGAAGCAAAUGUCAAACCUGAAGAUUUAACAAAUCCGUCCAAUGCACAACUACGUCACAUUCUUCGCCUUUGUUAUCGUGUGUUAAAAUAUGCUCAACAAGAUUACAGAAAGAAUCAGGAGUACAUUGCUAAGCAAUUUGGUUUCAUGCAAGCUCAAAUUGGUUAUGACAUAAUGGCAGAAGAUACGAUUACUGAUUUAGUACACAAUAAUAGGAAACUUCUAGAGAAACAUAUCACUGCGGCUGAAAUUGAAACUUUUGUGAAUCUUGUAAGAUUAAAGCGAGAAUGUCGUUUUCUAGUAUAUUUAUCUGAUUUGUGUGUUUCCAACAACACUGCAAUACCUGGAACGCAAGAAUUGAUAUACAAGUCUGUCCUUGAAUCUCCUUCAAAUUCGGAUAUCUUAAUUAAAACGAUAAUAAUAAAUGAUGUUGUAUAUGUUGAAUGGUCUACUCAAAAUGGAACAGUUCAAAAGAAACAACACGAACUCGCUAAAGGAUAUAAACGAGGAAAUAACGAUGAUGUGGAAAUAAUGAAUUUUUAUCGACAUCAACUUGAUUUGUUUGCAUGUAUGUGUUUUGAUCGCCAAUAUCUUGCUAUAAACACCCUGAGUGAAGACCUCGAUGUUCAUCUUGUUCAAAGAUGCAUGGCAGAUGAAGAGUUACCUUGUGAUCUUCGAGCUGCCUUUUGUCGUCUUAUGCUUCACAUGCACAUCGAUAGAGAUCCACAAGAACAAAUAACACCUGUAAGAUAUGCGCGUCUUUGGUCGGAAAUUCCCCAUGAACUAAACAUCGAUGAUUAUGAUCAACAAGAUAUUUUUGGAAAGAGAAACAGGGAAAUGUUUAUAAAAACGGUCGACUUUGUUGAAUCGUAUUUAAGACAAAUAAGCUCAAACAUCUGGGCAUUCAGUAACAAGGAACAAAAUAAACUUACUUAUGAGGUUGUGCAGAUUGCUCGACAUUUGAUUUAUUUUGGUUUCUAUGGUUUAAAUGAUUUGAUCAAGUUGACAAUGAAACUUUUAGCUAUUCUUGAUGGUGAACAACGCGCUUAUGAUCAAGCUAAUGCCGUAAAAUUAAAAAUCGCGGCAGGUAAGAUAAAACAAAGUGUCCCAAAAUCAGUGAGUACUAUAGGUACUUUGAUGACCCGUAUGGUCCUGCCUGGUGCUAAGGAUCCGUGGGGAUUGAUCGCGGCUUCAAGUCUUAACAACGGUAGUAGAUGUUCGGAUAUUGCAAAAGAUCGUGUUGUCAUGGAAACUAACGUGAAAAUUAUCGAGAUUUUGGAAUUUAUUCUUAACGUGCGCCUGGAUUAUCGAAUUUCAAGUCUACUCACAAUUUUCAAACACGAAUUUGACUUAAAAAAUGAAAAUUGUUUAGAAAAUGAAGGAAUUGACCUUGAGCGUGUUGGGAUUCAUGCUGAAGAAUUAUUUGGUUGCAACGUUAGAAGUUCAUCUGCAUCAAUUGGCAAUGACUUAGACUUUGAUGGAAAUGGUGGUUGUACUUUCCUUCGUGUUUUGUUAUCCCUCAUCAUUCAUGAUUAUCCUCAACUUGUCGCUGGAGCCUUAAAACUUUUACUCAAGCAUUUCAGCCAAAGACAAGAGGUCUUACAGGCGUUUAAACAAGUUCAGCUGUUGAUUUCCACCAGAGACCGUGAAAACUAUACAACCAUCAAAGAUUCUCUUGAUAAAUUGAGAUUACUUGUGGAGAAGUCAGAACUGUGGGUUUACAAAACCAAGAAGGCAAAAUCCGACGGCAUAAAGAAUGAAACAACGAAAAGAAAAAAAAGUACGGGAAAGGAUCAAAGCAAAAAGGACGAUGCAAAACGAGAAAGUACUGCUGAUAAUGGGAAGUCAAUGAUGUAUCGCUUACGACUUCCAAGUGAUGAAUCUGGUGGAGAGAAUGCCACUGAAGACAUUGGUUUGUUAACAAACUACAAGAUUAUUAAAGACAUUCUUAAACAUCUCUGUGAACUUUGUGUGACUAUCUCGCGUGGAGUAACGAAGAACAACAAACACGAACAAAGAUUGCUACGGAACAUGGGAGCGCAUACUGCUGUAAUUGAACUCCUUCAGAUCCCACACGAAAAGAAAAAAGACAUUUACAUGAAAGAAGUGAUGACUUUGGCCCACGAGUUUUUGCAGUAUUUCUGUCUAGAUAAUAAAUACAAUCAAGCACUUUUGUAUAAACAUCUGGACCUUUUUCUUAUACCUGGGAUUCAGGAAGCUCAGACUCUGCAACAUAUAUUUCAAGAAAACUUGCCCUUGUGUAACGAGGUUUCUGAGAAAGUCGUUCAUCAUCUUGUUCGUGCAAUAGAAACAGAGGGUCGUCAUGUUCAAUACAUAAAAACCUUGCAAACAUUGGUAAAAGCUGAGAACCAAGCUGUUAGGAAAUGUCAAGAUUUCAUAAUGGUUGAGCUCCUGAACUCCGGUGACGAAGUCUUGUUAUUUUACAAUGAGAGAAAGUUGCAGGAACAAUUCUUUGAGCAGAUGCGCGCAGAAAAAGACAAUCUUCGUGAAUCGAGUCCACUUGCCUAUCACAUUCAACUCGUAAAAUUACUGGCAAAUUGCACUGAAGGAAAGAAUGCAAACACAGAAAUAAAAUGUCACAGUUUGCUUUCAUUGGACGAUAUUCUUCGUGUUGUUACUCAUCCUGAUUGUAUACCUGAAAUAAAAGAUGCCUAUAUUUAUUUUCUUAUUCAUUGUUAUGUGGACACCGAAGUGGAAAUGAAAGAAGUUUAUACGAGUCAACACAUCUGGCAUUUGUUUGAUAACUUUUUAUUGGAUAUGUCAAGGAUCUACACGAAUGGCCAUCGUCAAGCAAUCGUCGCUGAUUCACUGGAUAAUUACGUCACGUCAGCCAUUAUGGAUGUUAUUGCAAAAUUCUUUACGUCACCAUUUUCUCAAGGCAGCACGACUAUUGAUGCUCAUCAAACCGUGUUUGUUAAGAUACUUCAAAGUGUUUAUCGUCUAUCUCAAUGUUCAACGCUUACUGGUUGUCAGAAGUACAAUGUGGAGGCAUGCAUUCAAACUCUUUGUGAUGUUGCAAAGACUCGUUCGAUAGCUGUUCCUGGUGAUUUGGAAAAUCAAAUAAAAAUGAUGUUUGAUCAGAAGAUCAUUGUGAUGAGGAGUACCCAAAAAUGGUUGAGUCGUGGGAAAAAGAAAGAAUCAGUUGUCAGUAAGCCACUUUCUAAGGACUACAGAACUAUCAUCGAAGGUUUACAGGACGUUAUUUGUUUGUUGGAGGAUCAGUUGCGACCUUUGAUACAAGCUGAAGAAUCCGUACUUGUGGAUAUUUUGUACAAACCAGAGAGAAUGUUUCCUCCUAAUUCUGUAUGUAGGUCAAAAUCAGAGAGGGGUUUUAUUUCCAGGUUGAUAAAACAUUUGGAGUGUUUUCUUGAGGAUGACGAAGGAUUGUGCGUUCAAAUUUUGCAGCAUCUCAGAAAUAUGAUUGAAAAGGAGUCACGUUAUGUAAGAAAGGCUGCCAGUUUGAGGUCGUUGUUGUUGAAACGAUAUUUCGGUGAGGAUACUUCGAAGACAUUAAAAAUCGUUGACGAAACAUCUAUGUCAAGAAAAAAUGCUUUUUCUGGUGGUGAAACUCGUGUCUUAAAGCGAGCUGGAGUUACUUUAUAUGAGAUGCAAUGUCGAUUAAAUACUUGUGGAGCAACUGAUUUAGUUAUUGAUUUAGUCAUGAAGAGACCAAGUUAUCCAGUAUUUCUCGAGUCUAUAAAAUUUGGCAUUUCUCUACUGGAAGGUGGAAACUCUGUGAUUCAGAAAUCGUUUUUCGACCGAUUUGUCAACGGGAAAUCUGAAGCAUUUUUUCAAUGUGUUCAUGACAAGAUGAAAGAAGCGGAUUCUGUCAUAAAGAACAAUAUGGCAACUCUUGCUGAAAGUAUUUCGACUUCAUCACACAAUUAUGAAAUGUUUGAAGGCAAUGUGAAGUCUUAUAUUGAAAGGAAGACUCCAGUAAAAGAAGAUUCUCCGUCUUCUUCGUUGAACAUUGCAGGCGAUGAUGUAAGGGAGCAGUUAUCAGAUGCGGCAGCUUAUACAAACACAGCUUAUGCAAUAGCCCGUCGUAAUCGUCAUUCUGAAAGAGACAUUGAACUGGGGACUACUAGAGCGUCUUUAGAAUACCCUGGGGAGGAUAGUGGAUCAACUGUGACUGCAAAUGAAUUUCUUAAAGUGAAACCAUUAAUGAGAUUUUUGCAGCUUCUUUGCGAAAAUCAUAAUUAUGACCUACAGAAAUAUAUUCGAGAACAAGACAACAAGACAAGUUACAAUUUAGUUCUUCAAACACUUCAGUUUUUGGACUGUAUCUGUGGCAGCACGUCAGGAAGCCUUGGAUUAUUGGGUUUGUACAUUAAUGAAGCAAACGUAGAGUUAAUCAAUCAAUGUCUGGAAAGUCUCACAGAAUAUUGUCAAGGACCUUGUCCUGAAAAUCAGAAUGAUAUGGCGAUGCAUGACUCAAACGGAGUGGAUAUUAUCUCAGCCUUGGUUGUGAAUGAAAUAAAUCCUUUGGCGAAACAAAGAAUGGAUUUAGUAUUAGAACUCAAAAAUAAUGCUUGCAAGACUUUGCUCGCCAUUUUGGAAAGUAGGAACGAUAGCGAAAAUGCCGAAAGGAUUUUGUGCAGCUUAAGUCCAAAACAACUGAUCGAGUCGUUCCAGAAACUUUAUAAUCAAGAGCGCUUCGAUAACAACAACGAGUAUGGGGCUGAUGUUUCUCCUCUAGAAGUUGGACAUAAUAUUUAUAUUUUGGCUCAUCAGCUUUCACGUCACAGUAAAGAUUUAUUAGCACUCAUGAAGGAAAAAGAAGAAGACGAAACGGAAGGCGCGAUGACGUAUUAUUCUGGCCAUACUGCACAGAUCGAGAUUGUACGUUCUGAUCGAAUGAUAGAACAAAUAGUUUUUCCCGUACCCCAAAUUUGUGAAUAUUUAACUGAAAGAACUAAACAUCAGGUCUUCACCACCACUGAGAGAGAUGAACAUGGAAGCAAGGUAAUUGAAUAACGUGUCCGAUUUUUCUCAAGAAGCGAUGAUUUAUUUUGUGAAAUGAUUUGGCAAAAGAAACUUAGAGAAAGCCCAGUGUUAUUUUGGCUCAGCAACCAAAUGUUACCAGCGAGUGUGUCAAUGCACUUAGCUGUGUUUAUCAAUAUUCUCGUCGCCUUGUUUUAUCCUUUUUCUACAACGUUGUCAGAUAUUGAUUACCGUCUCUCGUUGUUGUCCUGGUUCGCCAUCUUCAUUUCAUUUUUAAUUCUUUUUUUUCCUCGUUCUUCUGCUAUUCGAACGUUUGUAUUUGCUGUUAUCGUUCGCCUUUUCUUUUUAUUUGGACUAAAAGCUACCCUUUUGCUACUUGGUGUAGUUAACUUAAUAGCGAAAACUACAUUUCUCAUCGGUUUUGUUGGCAAUAAAGGAAUAUUUCAACAAGGUUUACCUGCAUUGCUUGGGGAUAAAGAUCUUCUCAUACAUCUUGGCUUUUUUGCAUUGUGCUUUUCAGGAUUAUGUAUAAAUGAACUUUUUUACAGUUUGCUGUUAUUAGAUGUUGUUUUGCGUGAAGAAACCUUAGUGAAUGUGGUUCGCAGUGUAACAAGAAAUGGACGAUCUAUUAUCCUAACUGCGUUACUUGCCCUCAUUCUUGUUUACUUAUUUUCCAUCGUUGGAUUUCUCUUCUUGAAAGAUGAUUUCGUUGUUGAAGCUGAAGCAAGAAUUCAAGGAAAUAUCGGUGGAUCAAGUGAUAGCAAAGGUCAUUGUUCUGCUUCAAAACCUUGGGAACAACAAAUUGAUCCCAGUAACGAUGAAGACACAGUUGUGUCUGUAAAAGAACACGCGUGUGAAACGUUAGUGUUGUGUAUUAUCACAACUUUAAACAAAGGAUUACGUAACGGUGGUGGUAUUGGUGACGUAUUACGUCCACCUUCUCUGAAGGAGCCGAUGUUUAUUGGUCGAGUCAUAUACGAUAUGUUGUUCUUCUUCAUCGUUAUAAUCAUCGUUCUUAAUCUAAUAUUUGGUGUUAUUAUCGACACAUUUGCUGAUCUUCGUAGUGAGAAACAGAAUAAGGAAGAAAUAUUAAAAAACAGCUGUUUUAUAUGCGGUUUGGGUCGAUCAGAAUUUGUAAACAAAGUUGUGUCUUUCGAUGAUCAUAUAAGAGAACACAAUUUAUGGCAUUACUUGUACUUUAUUGUAUUGUUGAAAUUGAAGAAGCGAACUGAUUUUACGGGUCCACAGAGCUAUGUACAGGAGUUAAUAAGGCAAAAAAACUUGGCAUGGUUUCCCCGAAUGCGAACUCUUUCCUUGGCAGUGGAUGCUGAAGGCGAGUCGGAACAAAAUGAUGUGAAAUUAUUGCAAGAAAAGUUGGAUAACACGACGAAAGAAGUGCAAGCACUUUCAAGUCAAUUAAAGGAAUUACGUGAACAGAUGUCAGAACAACGUAAAUAUAAACAACGUCACUCAUUGCUUGUACCACAAACAUCUUUCAACUAUGGCUUGAAUGGCAUAAUACCACCACGUUCGUAGCUUAAAGAAAACCCGAUGUACGAUUACAUAUUUUCAUUAUGCAGCACGCCUUACUGUAUAAACUGUACUGUAGUACAGUCGAUAUAAUAAAAUUCCAUGUAAAAUAUUAAUUUUUAUUUUAUUGGUACACAAUACGACAUACUUUGUCAAGGUUAAACGUUAUCUAGCUUUUAUUUUGUAAUAAAUUUGUACAAUUGUA